ACUCUGUCAAAGAAGGAGGAGCACAUCAGGCAAUGCUUUGAAGACCAGCUCCACAUGAAGAAGUGUCAGAUUUACUUAAGAAGAAAUUCCUUUCUGUGGAGUGGAAGUGGAUAUAUGAGAAAGAUCUGCUUGCUUCAAUGUGUUUGACAGAGGAGUUUGGUGUUUUCCAUUGCCAAAGACAUACCAGAUGACCAUCCCUGUGUCAACAGUUAGUCAGAGCAAAGCUAAGUUGCAGGUAAAGUGUCUGUGUGUGCUUGUGUUCCUGAGCUUCCCCCUUUCAAUGGCCGAGGUCCCUGGUCCCUGCAGACACUCAAUCACUAGGGAACACCUGCUGAUAGUCAGGCAACUGAUGGACAACCAGCUGAGAAGUGGGUGUUCAAUAACCUACACAUUCACAGAACGGAGAACUUUGAGCAAAUGUUGCUUUGUAAAAGCUGCAUUGCCCUGGAUACUGGAGCUGCUCACCACUCACUUCAAGUACAAUCGAGGCUCAGUAAAUGACGGCUAUGUUCAGUCCUUGAGGGCGCUCAUUCUCAACGUGUAUUCGCAGAGUUGUGUGCCUCAGAUUAAUGAAGAGGUGGAGGAUAAGCCAGAGAGCUUUGAGACGGUCUACCGGGGGUCUCCGAUGGAAGCUUUGCAGAGAGUAUCAGAGGUGUUGUCCAUUUACUGGGAACUGGUGACAACCAGUGACUCACCAGUUGACUGGAGAUGCCAGCAGGAAUAUUCAGAUAGCUUCAGCUCCAUGACAGAGCUACCCGCAGAGUCGACCACGCAAUAUUUUACAGACAGUUAUGAUUGGAACUCAGUGAAGGCUUCGCACAGAAGACCAGACAAAGAUGUGUACAAGCUUGGCCUCAUCGUCGUUUCUAUCUGCGGAGGACUGCUGCUCAUACUUUCUCUCUACUGUCUCAUCGUCCACAAGAAAAUUUACUCCCAUCAUGGAUCAAGGUUAGACACAAACUCAAACAUUGAACCACAGGAUGUAGAGAUGGAAGCACAGUAAUGGAUUGAGGACUUCACCACUACAUCAGAAGACAGAGUACUUGGGACGCUGUACAUGUUUUCCUGUAUGUGUUAUGUAUUCAGCUUACCAGUUUAAUCAGAAGCUUAGCUUUGACCAAAAACAAAGAUAGGUGUUUUUUGGAGCUGUUUAUAUUGAGCAUUACAUAUUACAGGUGUCUUUUCAGGUUAACUAAUUCCUUUCAUUUUUUUGUUUUAGUUUACUGUAGUCAAUUUUUUUCUCUGUUUGUGUCCCAUUAGCCAAGUGUUCUUGAUGUUGUUCCCAUAAGUUAUUUAUUUCUUUUCAAUCACUGUAAUAAGAAUUAAGAAAACAAAACUAUCAGUAAUAACCCAGAUAUUGAUUCAUUCCAUGCUGUGAGCUACCAGUCAUAUCCAAAAUCCAAUGAUUUUAUUAAAGGAUCUGCAUAACUUCACAGGCUGCAUCUUUUCUGGAAAGCACUUAAGUCUCAAUAAGCAAUCAUCUAAUGCUGUUCAGUGUAAAACCAUCUUUUCAUGUCUGUUUUAACCAAGUUCUCACUAAAGAUUUGUUUAUCAAACUUUAUCGCCAUACCGGACUGCUGUGCAGAUUCAACAUAAACCCUGGUCAAUAAAGUGUUAUUGAUCACGUCCUCUGAGUUGUUCCUACUGGCAGAGAAUGGAGGAAUGAAUGAAAUAUGCACACAUUAUUCUCUGUGACAGCUUUCCAAGGAAUGUAUGUAGAUCUAUUAAUGUCAUGACUUUCACUCAUGUUCACCAAUUGAUGGUCACGCCUUGUGUUUUAUAACAUCAAAUUGCAUAACGUCUGAGUUUGGUAAGAACUGGACUGUUUUCCAUAAAGUGAAACCUUUGUUUGUGUCUCAGAGGAGCACAUCAGUAAAAACUGUGAAAAGAUUUCCACAUGUGAUCAAGUGCAUGUGUGUUGGCUUUCCUUUUGUAUUUUAAGAAUCUGUGUAGGAAGCAGAGGAGGGUGGGAGAAGAAAAAUAACACACCCUCUGCAGCACCAUGUGUAACCUGCAAUAUAACAUGAUAUCCAACACACCAA